UCUAUUAAAAAAAAAUGUAAAAACGCAGUUGAUGUAGAAAGAACGUUUCGUUAGUGAGUGGUUCACCCUUUGAUCGAAAGAGUUAUCAGUUGGAAAUCAUUAAAUAAAGAACUGAUGUUUUUCAUGAGCACGAUCUUGACCAAAGAUGGAUCCAUUUCAGAGAAUUUUAACAACAGACACAGGAAGCGAGUGGGACACUUUGCAUGAAAGUGACAAUGAAAGCGAGCGAUACUCCAGCGGAGACGAAAUUGGUGAAAUAGAGGAGGCCCUCCUGCAAAGAAUACACUAUGCUGAGGACUGCGGUGAGGACUUCGACUCCGCCCCCACAGAAGGAAUUACAGAUACAUUCCUACACUUCAGAGGAGACCAUGUCGCCCAAAUCACAGUCGCAAAUCUCGACAUUGAAUCAGAAAGGACGAAUGUCAACACCGAGAAAAAAGAUGUGGUUAACAUUCCUGUGAAAGGGGAGAGUCUGACGUCUGUUAAGGUUGAGAAAAGUUGGGAACCUGCGAGUGAUAGUCCCUUGACUGUUUCAGAUGAUUCCACAAAUGUAAGAGAGUCUUCCAAGAAGCAAAUGGCAACACUAAAAAAUGAGAGUCCCAUUUGGAACAGACACGGUUCUGAUUCGGAGAGUGAGUCUAAAUAUAAGGCUAUCAAGUCCAGAAAGACGUCUAGCAAAAAAGCAGGAAACAAUUCCAAUUCGGUGAUUGAUAUUUCUUCUAGUAGUGAUGGGACAAAGGAUUGGUCGGGGGAAAAUGAAAAAAUGAAGAACUUGGUGAGAAGCGAUGUCGAUAUUGUCUCAAUCAAUUGCAGAGAAGGCGAUUCAGAUGUGGGCUCAGUUAGCGACUCUGAGAUUGUUUUCACGGACCAAAUAUCCGAGAAGCCAGAACAGUCCAUACCACCAAUGACAAAACGCCAGUGGCGGAAAUCAAAAGAAGAUCCUAGCAUUCCAGCCGAAGCCUCAAAGAAGAUGAAACUGAAAAGAACUGUUGCAGAAUUGAGAACCAUUUUAGACGAGGUGAAGGACAGCUCCAGCGAAGAUGAUUUGUCUGACAUGAUGGUGAUUGAAUCGCAUAGCGAAGAUGAAGCAUUAGAUGUGAACUACGAUUCCACCCCCGCAGAGGGGAGGGGUUACAAUCAGGAUCAGUCUUAUGAGCGCAGCAGAUCCAGAGGGCGCUAUUACCAAGAGCCGGAAAAUUGGCCGCGUUACAAGUGCUACAGCUGUUUGGAGUUCGGUCACAUGACCAGGGACUGUCCGAAACCAAGACAACGAAAGGUAGUGACGUGUGUGCUGUGUGGUACCCAGGGUCACAAUGACCGACAAUGCCCUGAUGCCCUAUGCUUCAUUUGUAGUGAGCCUGGGCACCAGGCUAGAGAAUGCCCCAAUAAGAAACUACAGUACCUGACUUGCCAUCGUUGUUCAAUGAAGGGACAUACAGUACAGCAAUGUCCUGAUAGAUGGCGCCAGUAUCACCUGACAACAGAGCCGGGCAAGAUCCAAUUUGAAGAAUCAAGGAAGGAAAACCAGCAGUUACUGGCAGUGAACGGCAAAGUGUUCUGCUACAACUGCAGUAAAGAAGGUCACUUUGGACACGAAUGCUGGGAAGAGCCCAUGAACAGACGUGCCCCACUGAUCCUGCCCUACGUGGUCCGAUACGACCAGAUCCCACGCAGGUUUUGGAAGGUACAGAUGGAUGCUACCGAGCCGCCGGAAAAUGCCAGAGGGUUCAACGACCGUGGACCUGAUGCGGGGGUAGACGUUAUAGCGCCCUCCAUGCCUCCCAAGAAGGAGAGGAAGAAAACAAGAAUGAAACGACUAAGAGCAGAAAAACUUGCCGCGGCGGUAGCAGUAGCAGCAGCAGCAGCAGCAGCCCUAAAUCAAGACAAGGAGACUAAAGAGCCCUCCACAUCCAAGAAGAAGGGAAAGAAAGCCAAGAAGAGAAAGCUGGAACAAACAGAAUCGAUAGCCGUGGACAGCAAUGAUCACGUCGAUGAACAAGUCAUCAAGAAGUGUCGGAAGAAGAACAAAGAAGAGCUUGAAGCCGAUAAGAAGCUACGAAAAGAGUUGGCAACCGUCCCCAGGGCUGAGAGAAAACGGAUAAUUAGGAAGAAACACGUAAAAAGCAAAUGGGAGGCCCUCAAAAGAGAAGAAAUUCUGACCGACUACGAAGAAACCGAGGAGUAUGUCCGGAAAGGGGGACACAUCCUAAGAAAGAGAAACAAUUCGGUGAGGGAGGCGAUUGCAAUACAACUGGCACAGCCACGGGUGGAAACACAAACGGCACCUGUGGGGAAAAAGAAGAAAAAGAAACCAAAACAGUCGAGGAGUGAAAAAAGGGCCUGGAAGAAAUAUCAACAGGAACAGAGGUUGCAACAGCAACAGCAGCAACAGGUCUCUUUCAACUUCACUUUUGAACAGUUUCCCGAGCUGGAGCGAAAGUUUGUCACGCAAAAUCAGGACAAUCAACAACAGCAGUUCCAUCAAGAAGUAUAUUUCAGCUCCACGCCUGUCGUUAAUCAGAGCAAAGGUGGAGGUGCCAAGAAGAACAGACGGAAACCAACACAGAAAACAAAAGGCGGAGGACCCAACGUUGGGCAUACAAACUUCCAAGGUUAUAAUCCUCAGCUCAACAUACCCACGGCCCCCGAUCAAACAUCCACCAAACCAAUGUCCAAGAGGCAGCAGAAGAAGCGAGAGUAUUACAGGAGACUGGAACUGAAGUGGGCGCAAAAGCAAGCAACCAGGCCAAGUUUCAAGUCGGAGCGUGGAUUCAAAGUGGAGCCCAAGUACUAACGGCAGUAUUGGGAGGCUUUCGACGCUAAUUAUAAGGCCCGUCUCAAUUCUCAUCUGGGACGAGUUCCGGACAAGUUGCGGGCAGAAUUGUUAACUUUUUAAGGCAGAAGCUCUGCAUUUGUCCCAAACAAUUUUCAUUAGCGGCUGCUUAAAUCACCAAUGAUAACUUCAUUGUGAGAAGAUUGUGGGGAAGUUGUUCAGAAUCCUGCAACUUAUACCUGGUAUAAUGACCACUACUUAUUCGGAACUUGUCCUAGAUAUGUCUUGAGUUGGAACAUGAGGCAAUUUUUACAGGCAACUUGAAGGCCAUCGAAUGCACUUCCAAGCCAAAACAGUGUUUGGGAAAAAAACAGGUGCAUUUUCAACUUUUGAUGGAAAGACCUCGGGAAAAAAAAACAGGAAUUAAAAUUAAGCUGUUUGCCUUUCAAUUGCCUCAUGUGACACAAUUCUAACUAAAGGCCAUGUCAAAGCUUCUUUUGGGGACAUGAAAAGUAAUUGAUACAUUUGAACAUAUUUGUAACCCAUCAUUAUGUGAUCCCCAAGCCUUGAUAGUUUGUUCCUAGAGUAAGAACUCAAUGUGAUGAAAUUGUUACAUCUGGGCAAUGUGAAAUUUAUUGACCGGUUUUGCUUCUGUAAAUAUAACUUAAUUGAAACAAUUAUUUGUUUGCCCAUAUAUUUAUGGUAAAAGUUGUUUAGCAACCUAUAUUUUGAUGAAAGCUCCAUAAAGCUUCAUACAAAUAUAGGCAGAGAUUUGUUCAUUUUUUUUUUCAUAUAAAAAAUAUCAUUAUUACAGACCACUUCAAUAAACAAUUGCGGUAAUAAUUCAGAAAAUAUUUUAUUUUAGUGGAUGGCUGCAAAUUAAUGGUUAGAACUUUAAACAUAAAAUGGUAAACCUAAUCUUUAAUUUUUUUUGUCUUUCUUUUUUGCUGGAGUUGGGAUCAUGGUUGAUCACUUUUUCAUGGCACACUCGCAUAAAUGGGUUAAUUUUCACUAAUGGAAAAUGCUAGAUUGCAGACAAAGUAUGAUUCACGUACCUAUACAUGUCACAUAGAAUAAAGCGCAUGUAAUGUUUUUUGUGCGUGCUUUGCCAUUCACAAAUUUAUGCAGUCUUUUCCAGCAAUUAAAACUGCACACUAGUGCUCAAGUUAUUCACUCGAA